AUGAAUGAUUGGUCAAAUGCAAUUAAAAAUUAUCUUGCGAUGUCAAAAUACAUAAAUGCAACCCAAUAUGGGAUUGAUGCAGUAGUAAAUAUUUAUGCAUUUCUUGCAGUCUAAGAAUCAAUGCCAAUACCUAUGAUGGCACUUUAGACAUAGAAUGAAAGAAAUAUUGCUAUUGGCAGCCAAGCUGUUACAAUUACUCUAGCUCUAUUAACAUAAAUGCCAGCUUAUCUAAGGUUACCUGCUCCAAUCGAUUAAGAAAGAAGUGAGAAAAGCACUGCAUUUAAUCCAAAGCAAACCGUGAAGAAAAUGAUGUUAGUAAAAGUAGAACUGAAGCCCACCCCUGCUAAUACUGCUGGAUCUGAAUCAUAACCACAAAAAUAUAGAUCCAAAAUAUAUUAAGAGCAUAAAAUUAAUGACUGGAUUAUAACAGGUACACUCUGUAAGAAGAUGGAUUUAGUAAGUUUGAUCCUUGAGAGAGUUUACUUGAGAGAGUUUUCACUAGUAAGAAUGUUAUGCUCGCUUUUCAGAAUUUUUGAUGUCAUUAGCACAAUUUUAAAAUUAUGA